AUGUCAAGUCGUUCUAGUUCUCCUAUUGCUGAAGAGCCUAUGGAAACGGUGCCUUUCACAUUUGGAAAACAGGCGCAACAUCAUAAUGCGGCUGCACUCGUAGAACGCUUUGCUCGUCCAAAAGAUUGGAAUAGACUUUUGAAUACGAAGGCAUUCAUUGGGGAAGAAAGUUCUCAUGAUGCUAAGGCAGCUGAUUCUUCAAAAUCUGACUCGGACUCUGACUCUGACUCUGAAGGAUGGGAUAGUGAAGAUGAGACUGUAGAGUCUGAAUUAAAUAUACCAUCUUCUCACCAAGUAGUUUUUCCAACUCAUUCAAAGAUUGUUACUACAACAACAUUCGAUAACAAUGGAACUAGGUUCUACACAGGAUCUUCAGAUAAUACAAUCUGCUGUUGGGAUUUUGGUGGAUUAGACGCAUCUAAUCCUAAUCCAUUCCAUAUCAUCGACCCUACUGACACAAAUGCUGAUAAUGUAGGUCGCUACCCUAUAAAGAAACUCGAUUGUUCCCAAAAAAAUCAAAUAUUGGCAUUGUUCAAUCAUUCCCGACCUGUCCUUUAUGAUCGAAAUGGAACGUAUAUAGCUCAAUUUGCUAAAGGUGACCAGUACAUACGAGAUAUGUACAAUACUAAGGGUCACAUUUCAGAAAUAGAAGAUGGUAGUUGGCAGCCAAAUAGCAACCAGUUUUUUUUGACCUGUGGUGCCGAUAAUACUGCUAGAAUAUGGGAUGUAAAUCGAACAAAGUCGCAAGUUGAGGUUUUUUCUCAUAUAUCCGACAAUGCCAGAACCGGAAUGAACAGAGCACCAAUUACUAGUUGUGCUUGGAAUCCUGUAGACAUUAACCGGUUUGUAACUGCUGCGUAUGAUGGAACCUUGGAAGUAUGGCAGAGAGGUUCCCGAACUCGUCACCCAUCUUUAAAGAUCCCCCGGGCUCACACAUCACAAGUCCGUGCUACUUCAUUAAAUUAUUCAGCGGAUGGAACUUACCUUCUUGGUAGAUUCGAAGACAAUGUCGUAUCACUUUGGGAUAUGAGAAAUACGAAAACCGUUUUACAACAGCUAUCUGACAUACCUACUCCGAAAGCCGGCGGAAACGUUAUUUUUUCUCCCAACAGAAAACAAAUUUUAUUAGGAACGGCGGCUACUGAAGAUACCAAUGGAAGUCUACUUGUCUUGGAUGCGCUCACCUUUAAACAAGAGGCUGAUUUAGCAUUUGAUGCGCAAAGCAGUGUUCGUCACUCAAUUACCGCUGUUUCUUGGAAUGAGAAAAUCAAUCAAAUUGGUAUCGGAAUGUCUACAGGAGAAUCCAUUGUUUUAUUUUCAGCAUCUGGGUCUGUUCGAGGUAUUAAAGAUUCUGCUUCUAAGCCACCAAAAGUAAAACAUGUUGAUGAUGACUUACAAAGCACGGUGCAUGUGAAUGCUUUAAGCGGUUCUGUCGGAGGAGUUAAUGAUUUUGGAUUAGUUGAGGAAACAAACGAAUCAGUAACGAACUACUAUUUCAAUGCUCGUCGCCAACGUAACGCCGCCCGGAAAGACCCCAAGCGCUCUAGACAGCCUGAACUUGGACGUGUGGUCGAAGAAAAUAAAGGCGAUGUUCCUCUUUCGGAUAUGAAAGACGAGGAUCCUCGAGAGGCUUUAUUAAAGUAUGCUGAUGUUGCUGAAUCCGAACCGAUGUUUACCAAAAUGUAUACGCAAACACAACCAAAACCCUUUUAUAAAAACUCUGGUAAUGACUCUGGGGAAGAUGCAGAAUAUUCAAAGAGACAAAAAACGAACUAG